AUGGCCAUUAGGAGUGCUGCGCUGCUCCUGGCGCUCCUUGCGAGUGGCGGAACUCAAUUUGCCCGCCAUGUCGAUGGCACUGCGGAUGGUAAUGCGAUUAGUGAGGAUGGCAAAGUUGCUCUCGCGCCCGAAGAUGGUAAUUGCAUUGGAUGGAUGAGUGAAAAGUUCUGGGCUACAGUUAAAUGGUACUUUGCCAAUGUGCGCCUCGUCAUUGUUCUCGGCAUUGGUGGUGAAAUUGACUCAGCCACCAAUAAUUUUGUCAACUUUCUCAACACAGUUCCAAUGCCAGUUGUUCUGCUGAGGCAUCAGGAACAUGAUGGAUUGGACAGAUUGCCUUAUGCUCGACGAAUUGGCGCUCUUGUGGUGGCGAAGAAGCUGCAAGAUCUUGAGAUUUACUUCGCCAACACACCCGUUUACAAUGUUGAGGGUGUCAAUGCGAACUUCCUCUUCAUCCUUCUGGAUCAGGCAUCGAUGGAGGAGAUAGAACUCUUUGCUCUGGACUUGUGGACAAAGCACAGCAUUUUGAGUAUCCUUCUGGCGAUGCCUUGUUCAGAAGUUCCGAAUAUGUUUGGCUUCUUGGAUCCAUUUGUCCAUCAUCGUGACGAUUCUUGGGGUGCCAUGAAGUGGUUGAAUGUGGAAGAGUUAACUGUGCAGCCUAGUGAAUCGUAUUCACUCUGGCACGGAGACGGAAACUUCCGGGGAUUCCCUAUAAAGAUUGAGAUGUUCCUCAAGUUCCCAACACUGCUGGCUGAGGCGGAAAUUCCACUUCCCUUUGCCCAAUCCUACAUUCAGCAGAAUGCUGGAACACCAAAUGGUUUUGGCGGAUUGGAUGCUCUGAUUCUGGCCACGUUGGCGAACAAGUUGAACUUCUCCAUUGCUCUGAAGAUGACCAAGAAGAUAGAUUUCGGCUACAAGAUGGACAAUGGAACCUUCGUAGGCACUCUCGGUGAUGUUCUGUACAAGAAGACUGACAUUGCGUUCAACAACAGAUUCGUCAUGCUCUAUGACACCGAAGAUCUGGAUUUUCUCAAUUCCAUCAUGACAGAUCAGUUCUGCUUGUUCACGCCUAAGGCGGGAAUCAAGCCAAAAUGGCUGGCAACCUUCAAGUGCUUUCGUCCGGAUGUGUGGCUGAUUAUUCUGCUCAGCAAUCUCAUCUGUGGUUUCAUCAGGCACUGCAUCAAGCGAUGGCAGAGACUGAUUGCCCCGAAGCAGGAGAAGAAGCAUCCUCUGGCCAGAAUUCUCUUCGAGACGUGGAAUGUUAUGAUGGCUGCGCCAUCUAUAAUGCUCCCAAAACGCUCUGCUGAGAGAUUCUUCAUGGCAAUUUGCCUUCUGAUGAAUGUCAUCAUCACGGGAACCUUCCAAGGCACACUCUUCACAUCCAUCACAACUCCGGGAAGCUACAAAGACAUCAACACACUUCAGGAACUCGAUGAAUCCGGACUGAUUAUCAGUACGCCGUCUGAGCAAUUGUUUGAAUUGUUCGGUGAUGGUGGAACACCAGUUCUGGACUCUCUGAAGCGCAAGAUGAAAAUGAUCGAGAGGACAACAUUUGAUAAGAUAAGAUACAACGAAGAAACUGUGUUCAUUUCAAGGAAAGCAGACAGUGUGCUCAAUAUUGAGAUGGAGUAUCUGAAGCCUGACGGCAAUCCUGCUUUUCACGUCGUUCCUGAAUGUCCUCGGAACUACCAUAUGGCCUACAUUGUACGGAAGGGUUGGGCCUUCUCCACGCUCAUCAACAACGUGAUUAGUCGCUUUCGCGAAUCAGGCGAGUGCAAUUUUCAUUAUAUUAAUAGAAUUAAAUGGGCGGAGCUUGCGAGUGGGCGGAGUAUUCAGACGACAUAUAGGCUUUAA